GAAUGUUGCCGAGUGGCUGGCAAGAGCAUCUCUCAGUGCACAGUAGUUGCUGCUUCCAACAACUGCAGAGCAGGCUUCUUCGCUGACAGUCACUGAAACCAGGGCAUUCAGCGUGCCAAGCAAUCCGGGAAGGCUAGGGUAACUGAGGGACCAGCUUCCCAGCAUCUGUGAAAGAAGAACCCAGCAAUCUUCAGCGAGAAGAUGAUGGCAUGUACAGAGAUGCUGACAAUGUGCUUGCUCUCUGCCAAGCACGCUUACAGCCCUGAAGCCAAAGACAGCCUGCAGAACUAUGGCAAGGGACUAGCAAUCUUCCACGAUGUUUUUCGACGAGCUGACAAGAACGAUGAUGGGAAGUUGUCAUUUGAAGAAUUUAAGAACUGUUGUGCCGAUGGCAUCCUCAACUCUGAAGAACUGUGGGAGUUGUUCAGUGGCAUUGACAGGCGUCAGUCAGGCAAUUUAGAGACGGAGAAGUUCUGCGAGUAUUUCUCGGACUACCUUGGAGAAUACAGGCAUGUCCUGUCUGCCUUGGAGCAACUCAACACUGCUGUCCUGUCAGCCAUGGAUAAAACCAAACUGGUAUAUGAGAGCUCCUCCAAAAUGGAACAGUUUGUGACCCGCUUCUUACUUCGCGAGACGAUGAACCAGCUGCAGUCCCUGCAGGUCUCACUGGAAUGUGCUGCAGACACCAUUGAAGAACAGGCUGGCCGAGAAAGGAAGGAUGUUACCAAAUCAGAAGCUUUUGUUGGUCCACGCACUGCUAAGAGAUGUGGCCGUAGAGCUCAGAAGAACAUCUGCUUGUCUCCGACAGAUCCUUAUUCAGGGAUGCUCACCACAGGUGUUUGUGUGGAAACUGACAGCCAGUGGACAGCUGAGAUCGACCAACUACAACAGCUUAUUGACAAACUGGAAUGUAAGAGUCCAAGGCUGGAACCUCUGAAAGAUGAUGUGGUCUGCAAAGGAAGAGAUUCUUCUCACAUCCUGGUGGCACAGAGACAGAUCUCAGUGGCAGACAGUGGAUUAGAGGCGUUCCGCCAAGCUCUCCAAUCCUACACAGAAAUCACAGCCGGACAGAGCAGCUGCCUACAUGUGUCUGCCCACAAACUGUCGAGCGAUGCCUGCUUCAUCCUCUAUGAGUUUUGGCAAGAUGUGGCUUCAUGGAGAAGCCACCUGCAAUCAAACUACAGUAAGAAGUUUCAGCGUGCCAUUAUUGACUUAUUGGACUCUCCAGAACUUUUGACCACCAUGCUCUUUCCAGCUUGCUGGUGGAUCAUGAACAAUAACUGAUCUCCCCAUGGCAUUCCCUCAAGGCAGCCAGCAUGUGGAUGGAGCAAGCAUUCUCUUCGAAAGACAGCCUUCCUUCCAGGGUUGUCCUCCCACCCUCUUCAGUGUUGCUUUUCUCAUCUAUAUUAAUGUGGAAUGCUUUUACCUUCUUUCCUUCUGCAGCUUUAGGAAUGGGGCGGCACUUUGGAAUGCACCCUGCAGUCCUUCCUGAACGUCGUCUUCCUGCCACCUCCUACCAUUUUGACAUUAGGAGUUUCACCCAGAAUAAUGCCAUAGCCUUGCUAGCCUCUUUGACGAUAAGAACAGCCUAUUGUUUUGGAUUGUUGGUGCUACAACAGUCGGUUUGACCAUCCGGCAUAGCAUGAUGUACCUCCACUGUCGGAGGCAGCAUGGCUAUGAAUUCCAGUUUGCUGGGAAUGACUGGUAGGAAGAGUGCUGUUGUGCUCAGGUCCUACUUGUGGGGCUUCCCACCCCGCAAUUGUCCACCCACCAUAUGAACAUGGGCCUUUGGCCCAAUCUAGCACGCUCUUCCUGCAUUCUUAGGAUGGUGCCACAAAGGGAGCACAAUUCAUACAGAUUGUUGUGGAGAUGUGAGGCCAUAACUCUGAGGUGCAAGGCCAAUAUUGGAGCUGUAUAUUGUCAUCCCACAAAGCUUUGGGGAUAAAUUAAUGAGAAGACAGAACAAUUUUUAGGUCAGCUGUAACCAGCUCUUUCCUGCCCUGUGCCUGAGGUCAUUGCAGAGUGCUUAGGAAACUUUGAUCAAGGAGGGUAAAAUUAGAAGAUUCUCCAGUAAGGAUCAAUGUUUUGCAUUAGGGUCUGUGUGCAUUUUGUGAUCCUGCAGAAGUGAAACAACAACAACAACAACACAUACAUACAUGCAUACAUACAUGCAUACAUACAUACAUGCAUACAUACAUACAUACUUAAAGCCCGGUCUGACCUCUGAGAACUAGGUGCCAUAUCUGCAAUGUUCAGUUCAAGUUAAAUGGCAGCCCCUGACCUUUUCCAAAUCUGCCUUACUUGUUAAUGUGAUCUUUCUGAGCAUCACUUCCUCAAUUUAUUGAUGCAUUUAUCUUUCUUGGCAGUGUGUUCCUUACUAACAAGCUUAAAGAAAGGUGAUCCAGGUCCUAGUGCUAAAGUAGGAAUGUCUGAGAGGCAAAUAGGUCAUAAUUAGCAUCAGAGCCAGAACAGACAACACAUUUUGUCAUCUAUGGUAUCACAGUACCAUGAGUAGCUGACAGAGGAAAUUUUGCCCUCUUGUGUUAUUUGUUUCAAGAUAGACAUUUUGCUCAGAAUCUCACCAAUAUUCAUGCAGCAAAGGAGUAUGACCAGUGCUAUUUUUCUAGAAAAAAUGGUGCCAGAACUCACUAUGAACUCCUCCUUUGUUCUCCUAAAAUGGCAAUGGCACCUACCGGAGAGGUGCCAGGACUGAGUUCCAGUGAGUUCCAGCUGAAAAAAGCCCUGAGUAUGACUUAGGCAGCUGUGAUCCUACAAACACUUAUCUGAGAGAAAGUCCCAUUGAACUCCAUAGGAAUUACUUCUGCAUAUACAUGAAUAGAAUUGCACUGUUAGGCUGUAAUCUUAUGCAUACUUUCAUUGGAGAAAGCCCCAGUGGGGUGUCAGUAAACAUGUUGAAUUGAACUCUUAAUCUUAAAAAGGGAUGUCCACUGGGGUGCCCUCCAGAUGUUGUGAACUACAACUCCCAUCAGCCCCAGCUAGCAUGGCCAAUGGUCAGGGAUUAUGGGAGUUGUAGUCCCCAGCAUUGAGAUGAGGGGAGACCCACCAGAUUGGCUAUCCCUGAUCUAAAACUAGCCUCAACUACCUUUUUGGCUUUGAGAAUAUUCUCAAAGAAACAUUAGGAAUAUAGUCAAAACAAAAACAAUUCCUUCCAGUAGCACCUU